AGCGGGAGAAGUUGCGGAGUGAACCCCGGAGACCACCCGGAGAGAGGGGCCUUCCCCACGCGCGACGCCCCGGCCCCGGGCCAGCCGGCCAUGGCCGACAGCAGCGGCAAGGGCAGCUCCGGCCCCUGGUGGAAAUCGCUCACGAACAGCAGGAAGAAAAGCAAGGAGGCCACGGUGGUGGCGCAGCCUCCCGCCCAACCUGCGCCCGCGGAGCCCGCGCCGCCCGCGCCGCCCAGCCCGGACUGGACUGCCAGCUCCCGGGAGAAUCAGCACCCCAACCUCCUCGCGAGCGCCGGGGACCCCUACAGGGCAGACAAGUUGUGCGCGGAGAAAUCGGGCAACAGCCGCCGCAACCUGAAGAUCUCACGCUCCGGGCGCUUUAAGGAGAAGAGGAAAGUUCGAGCCACCCUGCUCCCCGAGGGAGUCAGGUCCCCGGAGGAGGCGGGGUUCCCCAGCGACCCCCAGGACGACAAGCAGUAG